AUGUCACUUUUCUCCCCUUCAGCCACCCCUGUAUCUUCAACCCAGAAGGUGCCCCGGAAUGCUCAUACAUACAAGAAGAGGUCAGCAACUACUGCGGGCAGUGUUAUUGGAUCAAAAAAGGUUUAUGGCAAACGAAAAACAAAUGCGCCCCGUGCGGUGCUCGAGAGGGACCAUCAGAAUGCUUCGAAUGCAGUUCCUGCUGUAGAAAGUGAAAGGGUUGAGGAGGCUGAGAUUGGGGAUAUGAUCACGGCAAUGGAAAAUGGUUUAUCGGCGCUUCAGCUCGAUGUUAAACGGGGGAAAGCUCAUGUUGAUAGGGAUGAUGAGGAUGUCAAUACUGCAGAAGAGCUACAUGCGCUACGGGAAAGGGACAUUCAACAGGGCAGACAGCCUUUGAUCGAGGUCGGGAUACCCGCUUACAAAGAUGCCCGGCGAGAUGACGCUGCACAUGAUUGCGAUACAAUCGGGUCCAAAUCCCCGGACGCCGUUAAAUCCAAACGAAAACCACGAAGGUCCUCCGGUUGGAUCGAAGACCUAAAACUCAAUAACUACGUGCGCCCCAUCCUCAAAGAGUCAACCUCCCCGAUAUCCUCGCGCGGAAUCCAAAGGUUCGCAAGCUGGGCUCGACGGACGGGGGAUAUGUUCACCGUCGAAAAGAUCGCAGAGGGCUCCUACGGAGAAGUCUACCAGCUACGGCUGAGCAAGGAUAUUUCUAAAUGCAACCUCUCUAAGUCACGACUAGCACGGUUAAAAGAGUACAGGGAUGGCGUAUUCAAAAUUAUCCCCCUCCGCGCGCAGCGUGGAGUGGGCUCGAAGAAAUUCACCACCGUCCAGGAGAUCGUGUCUGAGGUGCAGCUGUUGAAACUGCUUGAUCCCAUCCCGGGCUUUGCGAGGUUUCGGGAGGUGCAUGUGGUCCAGGGCAGGUUUCCGGAGACUUACCAGCAGGCGUGGAUGCGGUAUAGCCAAACGAACGGGCAUGAGUGUUUUAAUCCGGAUCCCAGUAAGCCGAAGUCGUAUCCAGAUACGCAAUUGUGGGCGGUUUUGGAGAUGGAUAAUGCUGGCUGCGAGUUGGAGAAGUUUCCGUGGUCAUCGACUUUUCAGGUUUAUGAUAUCUUUUGGGGAGUGGCGUUGGCGCUUGCGAGAGCGGAGCAGUUUGCGGCGUUUGAGCACCGCGACCUGCACCUUGGAAAUAUCUGUAUCAAACCUAGGAAGAAAGGUGGCAAUAUUUUGACGGAGCUAGGGAAGUCGAGACCAGAAGGACUGGAAGGUGGAGCCACUGGGUUUGGUUUGAGUGGACUUGAAACUACCAUAAUCGAUUAUUCACUUUCGAGAGCCGAAUUACAACCAACAGAUACUGCGAACACAGAUAUGCAGGCGGAAGCAGAGGCGGCGACCGAGAGCAAAACAGAACCAGUAGCGAUUGCGUGGUCGGAUCUUGACAAGAGGCAGAUCUUUGGCGCUAUUGGGCGAGACGAGGAUGAGAAGCUGCUCAGGGAUACUUAUCGAUAUAUGCGAUCCGAAAUAUAUCAUCAAGACAAUCUCCUCAACUCUGCACAACCCCCUUCUAGACCCUUGCAAUGGAAGGAUUAUAACCCCAGAACGAACCUUAUCUGGCUUUCAUUUCUGCUACGGAUGUUAUUGAAGAAAAUGAAGCCAGCCUGUGCAUUCCGGGUGGCUGAGCAACGACAGCCACAACAACGGCUACCACUUACGCCCCGUCCGGCAAAUCACAAACUACAAACCAAUACUACAUACUAUAAUGAAAAUGGUGACACUGUUGGUGGAGCAGGUUCUCCACCACUUAAGUCAUCAAAGAAAGUGGUUCGUCAAGUUAAAACGGGUGCGGGGAUUAAUGGUGACGGUGAUGAUGGAAGAAAACAAUUGGACCCUGCCGCUAUGAGCUGUCAGCAACGGCCGCGGCAUCAGCAGAUGUUGGGAGAGGAAUUAGCAAUUCGCCUUCAGGCAACGGCGGAUAUGCUAAGCGUCGAGAGCGGAAUUGAGGAUUUGCAUUGCGCGGGGGAUCUUGUGGCUUUUGCUAUUCGGGCUGGGUGGUUGAAUGAAGGGGAUUUUUUGUGUUGA